AUGCCCCUGGGCAUUCUCGAGGCCAAGGACAUCGAGCAUGUUCCUGGCACGACACGAUACUUUGACGACCCGUCACAGCCCCAGACCGCUGAUGAGCAGCAUGGAAAUCUCAAGCGUGUUAGAGUAGGAGAAGAAACCAUCAUUCUUAUCCCUCAACCUUCCGAUGACCCAAACGAUCCGCUGAAUUGGUCACUUUUGCGACGCGACUUGAUAACCUUCCUCCUUUGCUUCGCUGGCAUUCUUGCUACCGCACUCGGUCCUAUCCUCGCCGCCAAUACCAUCACAAUCUCUCUCCUCUUCGCCAAAGACUUCACCAAAGUCGCGCUCUUGACAGGAUACUUUUUGCUGGGAUGUGGUGCUGGUGCCGUUUUCUUCGUUCCAUCCGGUCGCAUUUGGGGAAAGCGACACCUGUUCCUCAUCGGUAUACUUAUUAUUAUUGCCUCGAGCGCAUGGGCUGGGGCUGUCGGGACAAAUUAUGGCAGUUUCAUCGGUGCCAGAAUCGUGCAGGGCGUAGGAUGUGCGCCAUAUGAGAGUUUUCUCAAUGCGGCUGUUGGUGACCUCUACUUUGUUCACCAGCGAGGAGUACGCAUGGCUUUUACCAAUCUGGCUGUUUUUGGCGGUGCCUUCUUCACACCUAUCUUGGUGGGUAAGAUCACUCAUGAAAUGGGGUGGAAAUGGACAUUCUACUUCGUGGCAAUCUUUCUUGCCGCUACUUUGCCAGCGGUCUUCUUUUUGUGUCCCGAGACCGCGUAUCGACGGGAAGCAAGCCUGAAUACAGAUACCACUGGCGAACUUGGAAUAGAAUUGACGACAAAAGACAAACGUCAAACUCCGUCGCCGCAACGAGACUCUGGGGAAGCAAUGGCCCAAGAACUCGACCAACACGCGCCAGGCUUUACACUCUUUCCCAAGUCGAACGCUCUCCAGCCUAUUGGUAAUUCCACCACUCCUAAGAAGACCUUUCUCCAGUCAAUCUCAUUGUUCGACGGUCGGAAAACGGACGAGCGAUACUGGGUACUUCUGUUACGGCCAUUCCCUCUCCUGACUCACCCGGCGUUCAUCUGGGGCUGCCUUAUCCAGGGUACCAUGAUUGGAUGGACAGUAUUCAUUGGAGUUAUUGUGGCCGCUAUUUUCAUCGGUCCUCCUUACUACUGGGGUGAAGUCGAUGCUGGCUACACUUACACGGGUCCUUUCAUCGGCGCAGUGAUAGGGUUCAUGCUGGCAGGUCUUCUUGCCGACACGAGCGUGAAAUACUUGACCAAGCUCAACAAAGGCAUAUAUGAGCCCGAAUUCCGUAUUCUUCUUGUCAUACCAAUGAUGAUUAUUGGUGGCAUUGGUUUGUUCGGCUUUGCUCUGACAGCUCCCGGUGUGAUAGAAAAGAGAUAUCCGUACCAGGUACCUCUCAUCUUUUUCGGCUUUGAAGUCGCAGGGAUGGUCAUUGGUGCUGUAGCCAGUUCCUUGUAUAUUGUUGACGCAUAUCGCGAUUUGACUAUCGAAGGGUUCACAAUUAUGAUUAUAUUCAAAAACUUCUUCAGCUUCAUGCUCACGUUCUUCGCCUACAAUUGGAUCAACAACGGCGGUAUUGAACGGACAAUGAUAUCAAUUGCUUCGAUUCAAGUAGGCGUGUGCCUACUAAGCAUCCCCAUGUACGUAUAUGGCAAGCGGGUGCGAGCCUAUUACUAUCGCCACGAUUUACUUGCUAUGACUAGUCUCAGGUAA